AUGGCUUCAUAUUUAUACGAAAGUUUAGAACCAAAAAGUUAAUACUAUGAUAAAAGAUCUAAUUUAAGCGAAAAAGAAUAUGCUGAAAAAUUAUUAAACACAACUACAGUAUAUGUAGGUAAUUUACAUUGCAAUUCGUCUGAAAAUUCGCUUUAUGAGCUUUUUUAAAGAGCAGGAUAAGUAAAAGAUAUAAUUAUGGGAGUUACUGAAAAUGGAGAAUUCGCGGGUUUUUGUUUUGUAAUAUAUAAUACACAUGAAUAAGCAAGAAACGCAGUUGAAUUUUUAUCACAUACAAGAUUAUAUGAUAGAGUAAUUCGUGUAGAUUAUGAUUAUGGAUUUGUAGAAGGCAGAUAAUUCGGAAGAGGAAUAAAUGGCUAUUAAAAAAGAGAUUAAUAUAGAUAAAAUAAUGAUGCAGGAAGACAUAAUGUUCAUAAUUAAUGGAAACAAUAGUAGUAUUAAAAUAGAAUGAAUAAAUAAUAAUAAUAAUAAUAAUAAUAUAAUAAUAAUAAUAAUAAUAAUAAUAAUAAUAAUAAUAAUAAUAAUAAUAUUAAAUAAAAGAAAUUUUAAGUAAUAAUUUUUAAUAUUUAGUUAUAUUUAUUUAUUUUAUAAUAAUUAAAAAGAAAAAUAGAAGUAUAUCUAAUUCUUAAGAAAAAAAUUAAAAAAAAGUAAAAAUAUGAUGUUAUCGAAAUUUAUUGUUAAAAUCAAUUAUAAUAUAUAUUUUUUUUUUUAUAUAUAAAAUUUAUUAAUAUAAUUAUUUAUAGUUUUUAAUAAUUAUAAUUCAUAUUUUUAAAUAUUUUAUUAUUUAUAUGA